AGUGCGGUGCCGACUCUUGCUGCCGCGGCGGUCGCGGAUUUUGCGGCUUUGCGAGAGAGAGAGAGUGUGUGUGCGUGCGCGCUCGCGCGUGUUUACACGACUCGAGAGAGACAGAGAGAGAAAGAGUGGGUGGGUGGGUAGUGCGAAGAAGUGAGAAAAAGAUAGAUAGACAGAGAAAGAGAGAGAGAGAGAGAGAGAGAGAGAGAGAGAGAAAGAGAGAGAGAGAGAGAGAGUGGAAGAAGAGAGAGAAAGAGAGGGGUGAUAAAAAGGGAGGAGAACAAAAUCGAAACGUGUGUGACGUCGUGUGUGUUGUCCGUGUAUGUGUAUAUAUAUAUAUAUAUAUAUACACGUAUAUAUAUAUAUGUGUGUGUGGGGAAAUAUGUGCGUAUGUGGUGUCGUUUCCUCGGCACGAGGAUCAUCAUCGACGUGAAAGGCGCUUCGAGCUUCUCCGUCCAAUUCGUCGUUUAUCGUCGUUCAUCGAUUGCUAUAAAAAAAUAAGGAAGAAGAAGAAGAACAACAUAACAACAAUAACAACAACAAGAGUAACAAUCGAAGGAACAAUUUGAAAGAAAAAGAAAAGGAAACUCAAAAAUAAGAAGGAACUGUUACUGUGACCGUUGUGCGAUUGUGUGAUAGGCUGAUAGAUUGAAAAAUUUAUUAGAAAAGUUGUUACAGUGGAUAGAAGAACAACAAACAAUAACAAUAACAACAACGUCUUUCAUUCGUUCUAAUUCCCUUCGUUCUUUCUCAAUAAUCCUUGAUUUUAUUGGUGAUAACAAAUUUCUUUUUUUUUUCUUCCUUUCUUUUUCCUUUUUUUCCUGAUAUAUAUAUUUAUAUAUAUAUAUUGUAUAAAUUUAAAUAUAUAUAUAUAUAUAUAUGCACAUACAUAUACAUACCAUACGAACAUAUAUACAUAUGUAUAUGCGUGUAUAUAUAUAUAUAUAUGCUUCUUUGUCACCCUUCUUCCAAACCAUCCCUUUAAUCCUUCGCCAUCACCUUACCCGUGCCGGAUAGACGUAAUAAUAUUUGAAGAUAAUAAAUAACGGAAGAGAAGAAACGAAUAGUAGAGAAUAGAGAAGUGAAGAGAAGAGAAGAGAAGAAGAAGAAGAAGAAGAAGAAGAAGAAGAGAAUUCAAGAACGGAGAAGUGGAGUGGCAAUCUCGUUCGUUGCUCCGUCGGACGUGUACUUGGAGUGUCAACUACACGCACACAUAUACAUAUACACCUAGAAAGAAAGAGAGAGAGAGAGUACGGAAAGAUCGUGUAUAUAUCGGGUGUCCCGAAAAAUUCUACCCGAUCGAUUUUUUCCUAAAAAUUUUCAUAAAAAUAGUGUUUCGUGUGUGUGCGUUCGUGCGCGCUUAUGCGCGCGCGCCCGUGUAUAUAGUCGCUGUAACAAGAAGGAAAAAGAAAAAAAAAAGCGUAUAUAAUGACGACGACAAAAAGGACGAUGAAAGGAGAAAGGACGAAUCCUAAGACGACGUCGAGGACGACGACUACUAGGAGGACGAAAACAUCAUCGAAAACAUCGACGAGCUCUAGGGGUCUCGAUUGAAGUACCCCCUCUCCUCCUCAACCCUCUCCCACCUCCCGAAGAAAAGAAUAAAUUAAUAAAUAAAAAAAGAAAGAAGAGAGAGAGUAAGAGAGAGAGAGAGAGAGAGAGAGAGAGAAAGAGAAGAAAAAAAAACAACUUUCAACGACCUACGUGAGGAUUAUAUUUUUUUUUUUUCCCACCAAAGGGGAGGAGAGAGAGAAUAUAGAAGAAAGGAUCUUCUCCCCCUAUCCUCAUCACCCCUUUCCUCUUCCUCCUCCUCCUCCUCCUCCUCCUCCUCGCCCUCCCCCUGUUUGUACGAACAACACACACACACAUACGCGCGCGCUCUUCUACCCCCACACCACCCCCGGCCCACCGGCCAACCGGCCCACUGGUCAACCGGCCCACCGGUUCGGACGUACCGAGGGGAUUAAUCUUCAAUAUAACAAACCAAGUGGAAAAAGAAGAGAUCUAUUGAAGGGAAAAGAGUGUGAUCUAUAGAAGAAGAUCUAUAGAAGGAUUUAUAAUAAUUAUAAUAAUAAUAUAUUAUAUAUAUAUAUAUAUAUAUAUAAUAUAAAUAUAGACAGAACGAGAUAGGUUGAACGUUAGUAGUAAUAAUAAUAGUAAAAAAAAAAAUAAAAAAUAAAAAUAAAAAAAAAAGGAGGGAGGAAAAAGUAAAAAGGAAGAAAGGAAGGAACGAAAGAGAAAUUGAAAAGAAAGAAGUUGAAAGAAGAUAAGGAGAGGGAGAGAGAAAGAAAGAGAAGGGAACAAAAAGAAAAAAAAAAGAAAUAAGAGAAGAAGAUCGUCGCGUAGUCGACGGCGACCGAACGGAUCGCAACACCGUCGGUCCCGUCGCCGCGACGGAAGAAGGAGUCUCACGACGCACACAGAAACACACGGAACACGGGCCACCGAUAGAAAGACAGACAGAAAGACAGACGGACAUUAUCUAUCGUCUGUGUCGUCUGUGUCGUCGUCAUUGUCCUACGUACGUAUACGUACUCGUUGCGACGGCCGUGUGAUUGCUGGUAGUAGUGUCAGUUGGUGCUCUACUAGCAGAAAGGAGUAUUAGUAUUAGUACUAGUACUAGUGGUAGUAUCAAUAGUGCUACUGCUACUGCUGGUGGUGGACGUGGACGUGGUCGUCGUGGUAGUGCUGGUGUUGGUAGUGGUGGUGGUGGUGGUGGUGGUGGUGGUGGUGGUGGUGGUGGUGGUCGUAGUAGUAUUAGUAUUAGUAACAGCAGCAGCAACAGCAGCAGGAGGAGUAGUAGUAGUAGUAAUAGUAGUAGUAGUAGUAGUAGUUGCGGUGGUGAAGCAGCGAUCGUUACUAGCCCGAGCAACGCCAAGAGCAUCGUCGUCGUCUCGUGGAGUAGCGCGACAGUGGCAGCGUCGCCAGGAGAAAUUGUAGUAGUUGUAGUAAUAGUAACUGCUGUGGUGGUGGUGGUGGUGGCAAUAGUGGUGGUGGAAGUAGUAGAGGAAGAAGAAGAAGAAGAAGAAGAGAUAGAAGAAGAGGAGAAGGAGAAAAAGGAAGAAGAGAAGGAAGAAGAGGGAGGAGAAAGAGGUGAGAUUGGAGGUGGUGAUCAAGAAGGAAAAGGAAAAAAUAUUAAGAGAGAAAGAAAGAUAGAGGAAAAGAGAAAGAAUAGUGUGGUAGUAUUAUUUCGUCAAGAAGAAACAGAAAGACGAAAAAGAGGAGGAGGAGGAGGAGGAGGAGGAGGAAGAAGGAGAAGAAGAAGAGUAAGUGGAGGUGGGCUUUGCACGGAUCCGGUCCGUCGGUCGGUGGUCAUCGAAGUUAACCUCGACGAAGGUUCUUCACGAAGAAAAAGGACCGUUCUCGAGGAAGAUAAAAAGGAGGUAGAAGAACCGAAGGAGGAAGAAGAAGAAGAAGAAAAAGGAAGGAAGGAAGGAAGGAAGAGGAGGUGGAGUAGUAAUAGUGAAGGGGUAGGAGGAGGAGGAGGAGGUGAAAUAUCCUCAUCGCGGUUUUCCCCGCGUCAGAGAUCUCUUCAGAGAGUAUGCAGGUGGCAACGCUGUUCAGGGAGAGCGCCACCCUGCUGGGUGCCUCCACCUUGGAUCCCCCGCAGACUCACCACCAUCAGUCCGUGCAUCAGCAACAGCAGAUCCAGCAACAGCAUGCCGCCGACUUGCAUCUCGGUCACCACAUGCAACAUCACUACAAGAUGUCGUAUCCGUCGCCUGUGCAGAACGGGGGACAAAAUGGGGCGACGAUGAAUUGCACUCAGGGUGUGCUGGUGAAGCAAGAGGCUAGGGACGACGGUUACGAGACGAGUCCAGAUCUCGAGAUGAGAAGCACCGGUGGUGACAGCAGUCAGCAGUACCACACACCGCUGACACCGCACACGCCGCACACACCGCACACCCCGCACACGCCCCUCACGCCCGUAUCGGCGACGGCGCAUCAACCCCAACCACCUGGCUCGACCGCCUCCGCCCUAGGACAGGUGUCAAUAAAAUGCGAGACACCGGUGGAUCCAUACUCCUUUGUAGACGAGGAUAUGUCGAUGGGUGGUAUGAGGUCCGCGAGCAGUCCUGGUGGCAAUCCUGAGAGCAUGACGUGUCCGGGCGGCGUCCAACCGGGCCUGGUUACACCCACGUCGACGCCACCCGGUCCUCUCUCCGGUCAGCAACAUCAUCGGAUCGAUCUCGUUAUGAAUGGUGCUGUGAAUCCUCAGCUAGUGCAUCAACCGAAGAAAAGGGGAAGAAAGAAAAAAUCCGAAAUGAUAUUAACACCCGAAGAGGCGGAGCUCGCGGAGGCGAAAAAACGCGCGAAGACGUAUAAGGAGAGGAAAAAGCACGAUAGGUUCGACGGAAUGCCGGAGGAGGAAGUGAGUAAACGCGUUCUUCCGGAUCACCUGACGAACAACCUCGACAUCAUCAUAAUCGGGAUCAACCCUGGACUGUUCGCCGCAUAUAAAGGCCACCAUUACGCUGGACCUGGGAAUCAUUUCUGGAAAUGUUUACACCUUAGUGGACUUACACCUGAACCUUUGACAGCCGACGAUGACUACAAAUUAUUACGACUUGGAAUUGGUUUCACGAAUAUGGUGGCACGUGCCACGAAAGGCAGUGCCGAUCUGACGAGAAAAGAAAUUAAGGAAGGUAGUCAUAUACUGUUAGAGAAAUUGCGAAAAUAUAAGCCAAAAAUCGCGGUGUUCAACGGGAAAUUGAUUUACGAGGUAUUCUCGGGGAAGAAGGAAUUUGGAUUUGGUAGACAACCGAACCUCGUCGAGGGUACAAAUACGUACAUGUGGGUGAUGCCAUCGAGUAGUGCAAGAUGCGCACAAUUGCCGCGCGCAGCUGACAAGGUGCCAUAUUAUGCAGCUCUUAAGAAAUUCCGUGACUACCUCAACGGUACGAUCUCCCAUUUGGAUGAGUCAGACAUCGUUUUUGCCGAUUCGAAACUUAAGAAGAAGGAGCAAGAAGCGAUCGAAGAUAAGAAGCCAAUCUUUGCGGAUGAUCUGACGCACGAUGUCGACGGAAAGAUGACGGAUAUUAAUGGUACUUCGGUAAAACAGGAAUCUGGUUUGAUACCGGGUAAAAAGAAACGCGGUAGACCAAAGAAAAUUAAAAAUCCUGAGGAUCAGCCACCACCGGAUCCGGAAAAAUUGGAUGCAAAUGGCGAGGUUAUUAAGAAACGCCGUGGUAGACCCAAGAAGAUUCAUCAGCAACAAAAGCAACAGGAACGGGAAAACAGGGAAAGAGAACAACAACAUCAACAGCAGCAUCAAGUUAUGAGCCAUUUAAGUAACGCAUAUAACACUGGGGUACCAAAUUGUUUUUCGCCGCCAUUGAUGUCACCGCCGAAACCUUUCGCCCAUAUGGCACCUUAUCCUCAACCACAAAUGAACGAUACAAGUUUCUUUGGUCAAAGUAUGAACGACACGCCCUACAAUAUGAGCGCGAAACAAAGUCCUGUACAUUUACAACAUUACAGCCAAAGUCCUAAAUCAAUGACGCUUUCCUUCACGCACUCCGAUCUAUCGUCGGAGAUAAAUACCGCGAUCUCGUCGGAAAAUAAUUUAGAACCAUCACCUUUAACCUCGCCUAGCGUCGAUCAUCCGGAUUUCGAGCCGCCUACAAGUAUGUCACAACAAAAUAUGGGUAAUGAUCAUCGGCAAUACAACGCAGCUGGUAAUGGUGAUAAUCCAAGUCAUCAUGGCAGCCCGGGUACUCCAUCGCACGGUGGUUACACGAGUUAUAUGGGUUAUCACGAUCAAACACCGGAUACUCACAAUCCACAUCAAACAACGUCAACGCCUCUGAGCCAAUGCGCCGAUGAGCAUUCCCAUCACUCCCAUCAAACGCCGCCGCAUACCCAUCCCCAUACCCCGACUCAUUCAUCGAUGUCACCUCAUCACCAUCCGCACGAGCAAUACGGAAUGAAACGGAACACGGGACAAGACGUUGCCUCGAAAAGUCUUAGUGAUUUGGAAUCUUUGGUAGAUCAGAUACCGAGUAUAGCGGACGGGGGAAGUCAACGUCUACAGCACUCGCAUCCAAAUAUGUCGGACGAUUCGUUAGUCGACAAAAUGGACGGGCAUCACCAGUCAUCCUAUUUACCAGGUUUCGGUGGUAUGCCCGUAGGCGGUAUGUCAAACUACAGUCCACCUUUACCACCUGGGGGUGGUUUAUAUCCUGGCACGUUACAUCAUUCGCCUGGAGAUGGUUACGGUAGUCUAUACGGUAUGAAUGGUCGACAUCAUGCGGAAUCCCAACAACAACAACAACAACAGCAGCAGCAACAACAACAACAGCAGCAGCAACAACAGCAGCAGCAACAACAACAACAACAGCAGCAGCAGCAGCAACAACAACAGCACAGCAAAUCGUAUACGGUCGAAAAUCUAGCGUCGAGCAACUAUACCCCAAGCAUGGGUCACGCUCAUCCUGGAAACUCUUAUCCAAACAUUAUACCUGGACCUCAUUAUCCUGUACCAAUGGGCUCGACAAAUGGCUAUCUCUUUGGUGGCCUCGAGUCUAGCCUGAUGCAACGUACUUACGGGAUGGGCGGUAUGAGUGGCAUGGGCGGAAUGCACGCUUCCCUCGGUCACAUGGCCAAUCCGUAUCCGUACAACGGUUCGUAUUCGAGUUCCUUCGAUGCCUAUCCGGCGCCACCAGCGGGUAUUCACGCGCCCAGCGCAAAUUAUCCUGGGUAUGCUGGCGCGGGUGGCGCCACGCCUGCUACCGCCACUUCGCCACCUUAUCUCCCGUCGCAUCACAGGCCACCGGUCGACUUAGCCUACGACGCUGUAUGAUAAUCGAUGUAAAGCUGUUGAUGAUGAUGAUGAUGAUGAUGGUGAUGAUGAUGAUGAUGAUGAUGAUGAUGAUUAUGAUGAUGAUGAUGAUGAUGAUGAUGAUGAUGAUGAUGAUUAUGAUGAUGAUGAUGAUGAUGAACGCCUCAUCGCGUAUCGAUAUUAUCUUUUCUACGUAUUUUUACACGUUUUAGGAUUCGCCGGCAUUGCCGUCUGUCUUUCUCUCUCUCUCUCUCUCUCUCUUUCUCUCUUUCUCUCUUUUUCUUUCUUUCUCUCUUUCUCAUUCUCCUUUUCUCUCUUUCAUUCUAUCUAUCUUUCGCUUUGAAAAUCUUAUCUAUCUAUCAUUCUACUUUCAUUAUACGUCACCAUAAUGCAUAACAUUGCAUAAUCGCAUAUUCGAUACUCUAUUUAAUAAUCCCCGAAACCUAUUUGAUCGACGUUCUGCUAUGCUACUCCUAUUAAUAUUAUAUUUUUCAUUGAUCGACUUAUUGGAAAUGAAACUGCCAUGUUUCCACUUAUUAAAAUCUAAAAAAGAGCAAUGUUCUCUGAUAAACAAUAUGGAAAAUGUUCAAUCGUUUCUUCUUUUUUCUUUUCUUUUUUUCUCCUUCCUUCGACGUUACUCGAUUGGCUGUUCAUGUUAAUUUACUAACAAAUGAAAUAUGAAAUAAAUAAAAAAGAAAAUCUAUUGAUUUAAUUCUUUCACUCUUACACAUUGCAGUUCAUUUAAUAAGUCGAUUGUUUUCAUAUCUGUAUCUCUCUCUCUCUCUCUCUCUCUCUCUCUCUCUCUCUCUCUCUCACUUUCUCUCUUUCUCACUCUUUCUAUUUUUCAUUCUUUAUCUCUCUCUUUUUCUCUCUCUUUCUCUUUU